CACAAAAACAAACAAAGACAAAUUAAAUUGUUGAGAUACCAUUAAUAUAUCUUUCUUCUCAUGGCAAGCUCAGGAUCAAUGAAGAAGAUGAAUCUUGCUUGUGUGGUUCUAAUGAUGAUGAUCAUGAGUAAUAUUGCACCCCAAGCCCAUGCAUUAGGAUGUCCUGAUGUCUUGGCUUACUUGAGGCCUUGCAUUUCCUAUUUGACUGGGGGAGGCGCCGGCGCCAUACCGUAUCCCUGCUGUGCCGGUGUCGGCUCACUUAAUAAUGCAGCAAGAACAACUCCCGACCGCAAGACUGCCUGUGUAUGCUUGAAAUCCCUCUCCGGAUCUUUGCCUCCUAGAUCUGUUGCCGCCGCCGCCGGAAUCCCUGGAAAAUGCCGUGUCAAUGUUCCAUACAAGAUUGACCCCAGAACUGACUGCUCCAAGGUGGUGUAAGAGAUUGAGAAAUGGCGUGUUCUAUUUUAAGUACUAGUUUGUAUCCCUAAGUAUGAAGAAGAGAAGAAUAAAGAUUGAGAGAGAAUGGACCAUGGAUCUUGAACUCUCAUUCAUAUCUACACUUGUAUUGUGAAGCCUCAUUCUUGAUUUGAGAGCUUCUUCUAAAACAUAUAUAUGCAUCUAUCUAUGUAUCAUCUUUUUGGUGAAUGGUAAUCAUGUUUUCUACUUAAUGUUAUGUUCUUUAUAUGUAUUCAAUUAUGUCUUUAGAUU